UGCUCGUCUUCAGAGUAGGUUGCCAACGGGCAAGUGUCUGUGACCACCCUCUCCUUCGCUGACUUGUGUGUGCUUGUUCGUACCACGGCGUGGCAGAAAGAGCGUUUUUUUACGUCGGGACGGACCAAGUUUCGUUCUGAAAUGUUUCAUCGUCUGUAAAUGUCAGGGGACGAUGCGUCCCGCGUGGAACAUGUCGGCUUCGUUUCACAUCAAAGACGAAGCAUCUGGUGUUGUCUUUGCACUGGAACGCUGUUAACGCAGGGGAAACCGAACCCGCUGUCUUGCUGGUUUUUCGCUUGUUUUCUUCUGUUCGUCAAUCGUAAACGUUCAAAUUGAGGAGUUCAGAAGCUGGGGUAGACAAUCGAGCUCGUGGGUACCGUCUAAACCAAGCCAACGGUGGCGUUUCGCCGCCUGGAGGGCGGACAGGAACUUGCAGAGGCACGUGGUCUGCUGGACCUUUAAGGAGCCUCUCGGACAGUUGCAUAACCACGUUUUCCCCGGUCCAUGUGCGCGGUUUUCCCCAGAAAAUAUCAGCAGUGGGUGCGGUGCUGCUCACCAGGUAAAAAUGCUGCUGCCCUCAUGCACGAACUUCACUUAAAAGGUCGCUGCCAAGCUGCAGUUCGUCCUCGCCCGCCAGCCGUUCCGCGUCGGGCAACAAAACGCAUUCCCAUGCGCGACGCAGUUUUUCUGCAACAUCCAAUGCUGCGGUGUACGUACACCUGGGCGUCGUGAGUCACAGCGUGUUUCUUGCACUGCAAUACCCGCCACUCUUUCCAUGUAGCUGCGGAGGCGCUCGCGAAGGCUUCUUCCGAGCGCACACCCUGAUUUUUUCCCUGUGCAUCCCGGAAACACUGCACCCUUCCUCCUUUUCUCUCUUCUUCUCCGUGGCUCUCUUUGGCGCUUUCCUUUCUCCUCUCUCACCUCGACUCCAUGGAUCUCCAGCCGGGGGGCUCCGAGGGGGAAGAGGCUCGCGGGGCCGGCUCAACUCGUCUUGGUUGCGGGACCGAGACGGCCUCUGUCGGCACUGUAGAUUCGCUUCACGAGGCAGGCAGUGGAGAAGGGGAGAGACAGAAGCCGCUGCAGACGCCUCUGUCUGCUCCGUUGUAUUUUUCGCUGCCUUUGCCUCUCUUUCCCUGUGCCGCACCGUCUCACUUUCCUGCGCCUUCCACACUGUCGGGCCUCGUCAGCACCGCAGAGGAUUUUGCUUCCUGGGGCGUCUCUCUGGAGAGCCUCGCGGCCGCGACAUUCCGCGCGUCUCUCUUGGAACUGUCGCACACUGCCUACCUGCCCUCUCGGCCGCGACUCAUGUGGAGACGAGUCAAGAGGAGACUGCGAGCAGACGGCUUGUGCUGGGGCGCAGAAGCUGCAGAAGACUGUGGGCGGAAGCCUGGCGGGAGAGAGGAGGCGACCGAGAGAGUGGGCGCCGGUGGCACUCGGGGUGCAGGGACUCGGCUGCGCGGACACUGCUUCGAGGACGGCCAGGGAGGGUCUCCCGAGAAGGAAAAAAACGGAGGCAGCGGGCGGGAGAACGAAUUUUGGGAGUCCUGGGGAAGAAGCGAAGGCUGUGAGGUGACGGAGAUGAUGAAGCAAAGGGAACUCCUUCUGGAGGACGUCUGCUCGCGCUUCUUCAUGUGGUUCUAUGUCGAUGCUUCACGUAAAAUGAUCACCGAUGGACUGAGCUUGGCGCGACGAAGAUUACCAGUGGACUGGGUGUACAGACACUACGGCGCUCUGCUGAAUCUACCUGAGAGCCACUUUGACGUUUAUCCUCCCUACUGCAUUCCGAUUUCUCACGAAAGAACGACGUCGUCUCUCGGCGACGUAGAGAGCGAGGACGCAAGCUCUGUCUUCCAGUCUCCUGCUUCGGACUCUCUCUCAGAGGUCUCCGAUGCUCCCGACGAGGCUGAGCCUGAGGGGGACGGGGAGACGGCAUCUUCCGAGGCUUCGCCGGUCUCGCCGGCGGACAACCGAGCUGAGGUCAGCGUGAAGCGCAAGCCUGAAGAGGCCGGCGGAGCAACUGCAGAAGAGAUCCAGGUGGAAGACACAGGAGGCAGCGCCAUCGAGGCGCCGACUCACACCCAGGACGAGACUUCAGGUGUACAGGAACCUGCGGACUCUGUCUUGUCAGAUGUGCAUACCCCUGAGGAUCCGAUGGACUCGGGGGUGGCGGGUGAGGAACGCUGCUCCCUCAGCAGUUUGGUUGACGCCGCUUCGUCCUCUUCUGAAUCGGUUUGUGAUCCGCAUGGGGAAGCCUCGAAACUCCACGCCACAGACUCUCACGAGGAAGACUCAGAUGUCGGCGACACAGAGAACUCCUUCCCUUUGUCAGGGGCAUGUCCAGCGCGCUGCGAUCCUGUCGACUCUUCGGCCGUGGCGUCUUCAGUUGAGAACGCGAGCUCGUCUCGGGGAGCUUCCGACUUCGUCGCGACUCCAGGUUUCUCUCCUUCAGUAGAUGGAGCUGGAACUUCGCCGUUUGGGUCGUCGUCUGUUUCGUCUCCCCCUUCCGAGAGGCGGAUUUCUUCCCCUCUGCCGCAGGCGAGUGGAGAGGCGUUGACACCGGAUCUAUUGAGGCGCGGCACCGAGUUGGCCUCUCCGUGCUCCUUUCCAAGGCGCAGACCGUCGGACUUCUCCGCGCUGCUCGAUUCUCCCAGGAGAGACGAGCUUUCCGAUACUCCCAGCGGCUCUCGACAGAUCCACCCCGUUGGCUCGGUCUUCUCGCCGUCGUACGCAGACUUCAGCGACCUCCGCGCCGCGGUGUCUCGCGAACAAGAGCAGAGCACCCUGUCGCCUGCAGAGGAGGGACCAGCAGGCCCUCUGCCCGCUUCGCCUCCCAGCUGCGACGGAACUCUCCUCGCUGGCCAGGAAUCUCCCGACGCGCCGAGAGACGAACUCUUGAGCGAAGGCCCCCGAGCGGCUGAUCAGAAGGACGACCAAGAGGAAGGGCAAGAGAGAAACCAAGAGGGAGAGUACGAUGGAGAGCAAGAGGAAGGAGAUUCCUCGACAGGAUCUGUCGCGUCGACUGGCACUGAGGUGGAAACUCGCGAGGAGGAGAAAGAUGAUUUCCUCGUUGUUUUGUCUGAGAGCGAGUUCGAGGAAGGCGAACGCAUGCAGCAGCUUGCGGCAACGAUGCGGCGGAGCCUCCAAAUGAAGGGAUGUGCCUCCGUCGAUGCGGACGCCGCGAGAUCUUCAGAGGAGACCGAGGCAGAGGUAAGUGCGGCAAGCGCGGGGCUUCUCCAGGAGCGGAGUUCUCGAAGAAGCUGUGAGGCGUCUUUUUUGAGGACGAAGAAUGGCGGAGAGAGUACUUCCGGCAAAACGAAAGCGGCAGAAGAGAACGAAACCGAAGACGCGGCAGAUCAGGAAGGUGACUUGCCGAUCGUGGAGAGAAGCGAGGACAAAGAGGAAGGCCCUCUGGAAGAAGAGCAGGUUGGAGAAGAGCAUGUCAACGAAGAGACAGAGUCGAACAUGCCAGACGAACUCGGCGCUGACAUUGAAACCGCCUGCAGUGGAGAGCUGCGACUCGAGGGAGGUUUCGUCGAGAAGUCUCGACGUAGGGGAAAGCAAAGACGCCGGUCUGGUCUGUCCGUACAGCCCAGAAGGUCCGCGCGCGUAAGCGGCGCUGCCCGCGAGAAGAGCGCCAGUCGCGACGCGGGGCGGCUCGGGUGUGUAGACAGCGAGAAGCGGGAGGCGGGGGGAGACAGCGAAGACGAAGGUGGGCGCGCAGGCCUGUUUCUUCCGUCGAGUUCAGAGAACGUGGACGACAGUGAAGAAGAGGGCCGAGAGAGAGUCGCGGCGCUCAGCAAGACGCGACGGAGGAGCUCGCGCCUCAGUGUGGUGUACAGACAGACGGCGGCGAGGAACACAGUCGGCACAGACGGGGGCAGCGUCUGCGAGAGAGAAGAGGCGCAUGCAGAGACCGGCUACGCGGUUUUGACAAGAGCGAGCAAACGAAGAAAGACGAACGAGAAGCACGAGCAUAUCGCUCCAGAUGUCCCGGAGGAGAGAACGGAGGUCGCUGCAGCGCGAACGCGCGAGGAGAUACACCGGAGACGAUCGACGGUCGGGGUGAGAGAGACAGAAGAUGGGGCCUGCGAGGCGGGUGCCGGGGACGAAGCGGAAGUUGCUUCCAGGUCGACGACGGAUCAGCAGAGAGGCUUUCUCGAGAGCGACAGUGUGGACGUCGUCGCACCGCAGAGACACUUUGGAGAGGAGCCUGCCUGGCUUGGCACAGACAGCGAAGAAGACAGCGACUCGAGUCCUGCGACUUCCAAGAGAACCGUCGACCUUCUCUCACCUCCUCCGUCUCCGCCACAACUUUCUCGUCCUUCUUCUCUCCCGCGCGCGGCUGCCUCCCCGCCUUCCCGGGUGGAGAACCUUCCAAGCCACCCAGAGAAAACGACAGAAGCGAGCAAAGGCGGCAAGAGGCCGCGGGCGAGUCCAGGUGGAGGUACGGAAGUCGAAGAGACAGCUGAGCGCAUCACUACGGAAGUCGGAGCCGGCCCGACGCGUCCGCUGUUCCCACGGUUCUCCCUGGCGCACACACCAACAACGGCUGCAUGCAGAGGAGGCAUGGGGCAAGGAACGCUGAGGGCCUCUUCUCUCCAGGCGCAGAUGAAGGAGAUCUUCGGGUCGGAGCCUUCGCAGAUUCGACGGAGCUUCGCGUCGGCCAGGCAAGGGACAAGCGAGGAGACAGGCGAGUCAGGAGACACCCCACAGGCUUCGACUCUCCACGCUUCAGGCGUCGGCCUCGGGGUGCAGCAUCAGUCGAGCGACUCAACUCCCGCCGACUGCUUGCUUUCGCGGACAGAAGAGCAUGCAAGUGUCUCUGCUUUUCCGAGAUGCGAGGCCGCUCCAGAAGGGAGAGGCGAAGAAGAGCGAGUUGAAGAGAUAGUCGUGGAGACAGUUGAGGAAGAGAGGGAACUCCGGGGGGAAAGGGAGGAAGAAGGCCUACGUGGCGACGCUGCGAUAAAGGGCGACCGUCGACUGGAGGCUGUUGAGCAGAGAGGAAGGCAACAAGCAGAGACGAAGAUUCCGCGGUUUCCAGGAUACUCGCGUCUGCAGAAUUCGGGGAAGCUUCUUCGCGGGAACAGACAGUUCGCACAGCGCUACUUGGAGGCCGUCGAUGCGCGACUGGAGGCGAUUGAGACUCAACUCGCAGCAGCCAAGUUAACCACAGACAGCCACCGACCCUGGAGGCGACCUUCGUCUUUCGGGAGGCUCUGCACGCACUCUGAAGAGGCAAAGCCCCUCAAGUCGACCGCAACCGUUUCCGUCGGGAACUCGAGCUCCUCAGCCGCUGGCGAUACACCCCAGCGCGCAUGCAGGACCCGUGAAGACAUUUCCGUCGAGCCGGAGCGCGAAGCGGAGGGUGGUGACGACAGACGCAUUGGAGAGGCGUUUCCGCAGCUCGCGUCGACUCUCGAGAGCGCUGAGAGCGGCGUUCCUGCGACGCUUCAGUUUCAAGGAGGGUGUUCCUCCCAACCUUCUCAGAAAGGCAGAACCCCCAGCGAGACGCAGGAUAAAGCCGGACCUGGACACUGUGCUCCUCGCGGGCGACCGAUGCCGGCAGUUGCCUCGUCUCACCGAGACGCACACACUGAAGACAGAAGGAAAGCGCCUUGUCGGCCGACUCCUGGAGCCAGGACAGGCUUGCAGAAGCGGAGGCCCCCUACCUCAGCGACUCGGGAAGCCUCCCCGUUUGGCGCAAACCGGCCUCAGCCUCGUCUCCCUGGCGCUCGACCGGGCGUCCUCGGGAAGCCUCGCGCGCCGCCGGCCGAGCAUGCACCCGCCGCCGGCCGGGGCGCCGGCGCAGCGGCUUCUCGCGGUGUAUGUACACCCGGCGCGCAUGCGGCGAGCGCGGGGCGGUCGGGGAGCGGCGGCGCGAACGGGCGAGGCCUGAGUGAGAAGGCUUUCUUGGGCACAGCAGAGACUCCUGCGCCAGACUCUGCGGAUGCGUCGCGACAGAAACGAACUCCUCCGUUGCCUCGGGUGGCUCUGCUCGCGAGACGCAGAGAGGAGAAACUCGCACCGCCCGGGGGAGCAGAUGACCGGGGCAAGGCGUGUCGAGAGACGCGCGCGCCCAGGGCUGGAGACAGCGCAAAGCUCAGGACUCCGAUGCAAACUGUGUAGAAUACGCCACAUGGGAGGCCUCACGUUUCGGACAGGCGCAAGGCAGGUGGAGACAGAAAGAGACACUUGGAGACAGAAAGAGACACUUGGAGAAAGGUGGAGAGAGACGGACGGGGGAGUGUGGGGUGUGUGGCAACAUAGAGGGUUCGGCGUUUGAGAGGGAAAAAUGAAGAGAAGGGAAGUGAGGAAGGAAGAGUUCCACUUGGAGAUUGGAACGAGGCAGGUCUCUGCAGUCGUGUUCUGUGGCAUGCCGAGAAGGAAAGACACUCGACGCGUGGGGAAUCCUUUUCUGUCGAUUUCUUGAAACUUCUGAAGGCCAUGAACGCUGUGUCGCCUCUGGGGUGUAUGUACACCCCGUGUGUCCAGCAAAGGGACGCCUCGCUCUGUGAAAGGUUUCGCCGACCACUCAGAAUCUGGGCCUGUCCGAGGCCCCUCACGACAGUUGUCGCAGAGUUGUGCAAAGAAAGAUAGGAUGGUUCUCGAGUGAGACUCUUGCAGUUCGGCGCGGCUGCAUGCAGAGCGUUGCCGCUGUCUCGGUCCUUCGUGCGUCUGUCUCGACUAAGGAGAUGCAUUCUUUUUUUCGGGUGUCUACACAUAGGAAAUCAAGAGAGACGUCUGAACAGAUUCAGCAGGUGCCAGGUGUCCGCAGAUUGCCUUUGACUUUCCAUUUGCGUUUUAGAAAACAUUUUCUCUGAAAUCCGUUAGGACAGGCAGGAACUCGCAGAUGCUCUCGAGCAGUGCUCCAGCGAAUAUGCGAA